AUGUACGCUCUCAACGCACUGUACGCCAAUGCGGAGACAUAUCCAUUCACGGACGAGGACUAUGCGAUUCAGGAGAAGAUGAGUAGCUACUGGGCUAACUUCGCGAAGACGCUGGAUCCUAAUUUGGGCGGGAGCUAUGGUGGUAAUGAAACUUUGGCGAAGUGGAGGCCUAAUGAGAAGAAUGGGACGCAGGUUGUGAUGGAGCUUGGGGAUGCGUUCGAGAGUGUGCCGAUCGCUGGGCCGGAGAGGGUGGAGUUUGUGAGGGAUUAUUUCGAGAGGCAGGCUGCGUAUUGA